UAAAACUCAUAUCCAUCAAUAUUGCCAAAACCAUCGAGCUCCUCAACGUCAAUUACGUACCAUCCACAUAUUCCACUCUAGUAGAAGUUCAGAAGAAUAAGAGGAUGAUGAGGAUAGAGACCUCAAUCUUGGCCUUUUUCUUUCUUCUUCCUCUAGCAGUGGCUGACUUGCGGGUUGGUUUCUACAGUGCUACUUGCCCAAAAGCCGAACAAAUUGUACAACAAGUCGUCCAGAAAAAAUUCUCCAGUGAUCGAUCUAUAACUGCUGCUUUGCUUCGCAUGCACUUCCAUGACUGCUUUGUUAGAGGUUGUGAUGCUUCCAUCCUUAUUGACUCCACCAAGAAGAAGGCGUCUGAAAAAACCGCAGGACCAAACUUGACUGUAAGAGGGUUUGAGGUCAUCGACGAGGCCAAGAAAGCACUUGAGGCUGCAUGCCCGUCAACAGUCUCCUGUGCUGAUAUCAUAACCCUCGCGACUAGAGAUUCAGUGGUUCUAGCCGGUGGCCCGAGCUACAACUCACCCACCGGACGGCGUGACGGCCUAGUAUCGAAUCCCAAUGACGUCAACUUACCUGGUCCGUCCUUCUCCGUGUCUCAGGCAUUGCAGUCUUUCACGGCCAAAGGAAUGACUCUGAACGAUAUGGUGACUCUUUUGGGUGCACACACCGUUGGCGUUGCGCACUGUAGCUUUUUUGAAGAUAGGCUUUCCAACUUUCAGGGGACUGGGUCUCCCGAUCCUUCAAUGGACCCAGCUCUGGUUACCAAGCUGAAAAAGAUCUGUGGAGGACCUAAUGACCCUACUGCAUUUUUGGACCAAAAUACAUCAUUUGCCUUUGAUAAUCAAUUCUAUAACCAGGUUAAUUUGAAGAGAGGUGUGAUGCAGAUUGACCAGGAGCUAGGUGUGGACAAGUCAACGGCUGGUAUUGUUUCUGGGUUUGCUUCCAAUGGUGGCAGAUUCAGUCAGAGUUUUGCAACUGCUAUGUUGAAGAUGGGCAGCCUUCAGGAUGGAAAUGCUGGUGAAAUCAGGAAAAAUUGUAGAGCUUUUAAUUAAUUAAUAGAGCAUUGUAAUAAUUAAACUUCAUUGCUUCUUGUGAUGAUAACCUAGACAACUAGUUAUCAUAUCUUGCUAUUCAAAUAGUUGGAAUCUGGCAAUCACGUACGAGAUACU